GUGAGUAAAAACGCCCCGAAAGGUAAGCAGCACUCGCCGGAUACAUUCCUGUCUCUCACUCGCUAUCAGACGGAGUGAGUAAACUUUCAUACAGAACGGAUACAGAGGAUUUUUCUGUUCCUAUUUUCCAACACCUAAACAGCAUGACUCCACUGCACUGUUAGGAGACAGUCGGUAAAGAGUUCUUAUGACUGUUUGGUGUAACAGAGGGAGCAGCCAUGAAGAGGAGCAAGCAGUGGGAUGUCAGAGGAGCUGUAGGCUUUGCAGCUCUCUUCCAUUUCCUCUAUUCCUGUGCCAUAGGCUGCCUUUUGCCCUUCCUCACCCUUUAUUUCCGGCACCUUGGCCUCACUGCUGUCAUGACAGGCACCAUCAUGGCUGUCAAACACAUAGUUGCUCUGGUGUGGAGGCCUCUCUCCUGCAUCCUGGCCAGGCGCCAUAACAAACGACGCAUGGUCAUAACAGGUUCUCUCGUUUGUUCAGCAGCAGUUGUUUUAGCACUUCUACUCUUCCCACCCACAGGAAAGAGCACGGAGAGUAGAAGCUGUAAUAUUAGUCAGCUAAGUGCGGUACAUGAGCUUAGUUCAACUACUCUGAAACCCAAGACAAGUGAAACAUUCUCUUCACCUGUUGUGUACUCAACAGAACAUAAGCUGAGGCCUACCCAAGAGUACAAUAACACUGAAAAUAUACCUGCAAUGCCAGUCAACAUCUCAGCAUUACAUAACACCCAGAGUACCACUGUGACCCCCACAAGCAGCCAAAGCGACAGGCAGGAAUCUUUGGAAGCAAAAAAAGUUCAGAUGCCUUCACCAGGUAAGAGGAGCAGAUCUUUAACGAUGCAUGAACAAAAGCAGCAGGAGACGGACAAGAUUCAAUAUGAGUUCCUUGGGAGCUUGAAAGUCAUGGACACACAACAUCAGAUGUUUUUCUUGGUCAUGAUUAUCAUAAUCCUAUGGGAGAUUCUGGCUGCUCCGUUGAUGUGGACAGCUGAUGAUGGGCUGCAUGAGUACCUUGAUUUUGUGGAUGCCACAGAACGUCACAGGGCCGUUAAACCGUGGAGAUUGCUAGGGACUGCUGGUGGUAUGGGAUGCUCUGGUAUUCUAGUAAGCAUCCUUUACUGUUUAAUUGGAACAGUGUUGCAUUUUUACACAUAUGCCCUGCUGAUGGUUCUAACAGUGCCUCUUGCUGCUUUGUUACCUCUUUACCGGCACAAACGUGAACAUGUUCCUGGGGCUGGCUUGAAGGCAUUGCACCUAGUGCGAGGAGACUCGCAAGCAGUGCUCUGUGCCAUCACUGCUGUUCUUACUGGCAUGGCAGGCUCUGCUGUAUCUGACUUCCUCCUAUGGCAGAUGCAAGAUCACAAUGCUACAGAGCUUCAAAUGGGUAUUAUUUUGGCUGUUGUACCACUGUGCCAGGCUGCCUUUGCCCCACUGAAUGGAUGUUUAACUCGCCUUCUGAAAGUCCAUGGCCGGCUACUGCCUAUUGGUAUCAUGGGUCUGUCUCUGCAGUGCCUUUCCUAUUCUUUCAUGUGGACUCCAUGGACAGUACUUCCUUCUCAGGUACUGGCUGGAAUCAGCAUUGGUGCCCUCUGGUGGUCAUUAGAGGCUCAAUCUGUGGACAUAGCCUCUCCAGGGACAGAGCUGGCAGUGAAGCGAGUGUUUGAAACCCUUUAUCUAGAUCUUGGUGCCGGACUAGGUAGUGUAGCAGGUGGGUUUGUGGUACAGAAGUUUGGGAUUAAGGCCCUCUUCCAGGGUACAGCAGCGAUGCUCGGAGUGUGGUGCGUCACUUUAGCUGUGCUGCAGUGGAGAAUCCCUCGCCAGCGCAGGAUAAAUUACUCACGCCUGCUGGCAGCUGAUGCCAGUGAAAUGAGCGAGUCAGAGUCUGAGCAGGACAAUGACUGGUUGGAGAAAGCCAUGGAGGUGGACAGCAGGAACAAUAAUUGGAGGAGGCUGGAUUAAUGAGAAUAAUAAACAUUCUUCCACAAAAAUAUGAUGCCAGAAAACCAGCUGAGUGACUGUCAAAGUCUAAGACAUUGCAAUGUGGAGGACUCAGAGCAAGUCAGUAUAUUGAAAUAUUAUACUUUGUUCCAGAUUGCCCUUAACGGCUUUAAGAACAAUACAGAAGGUCUUUCAAUCACGGUUGCUUUGCUUCUGUUGCUCAAUCUGUCACAGCUGGAUGCUGCAAGAGCUGCAAUUUGUCUCAGCUGCUAUAAUGCCAAUAUGAUUGUCUUAAAUUACACAUUGUUGGGAAGUAUGCUAAUUCAUGUACUUAUAAAGAAAAGUAAAGCUUACAUAACUGUUUCUUUUUUAUUGCCUCUUAAAGCUCAAAAAUGCCUGGAACCAUAUUACAUUUAAAACGCAAUGACAUAAUGUAUGUUUUAUAUGCUGUGAAAUAGUAUAUGUUUUAAUUGCUUUCUUGAAAUAAUUAUAUCACCACCACAGAGCAAGACAAUAUAUACUGUACACUUAUACCACAGCGCUGUUGAAUUCUCGAUUCUGAUUGGUCCGAAGGUGUUGAUUAAAUUUCUAUAACCGUAGCUGGGACAGUAGUUCUGCUGGCAUAUCAUUUCUAUCGUUAAAAAUGUACACACAAGGGUGUGUGUAAGAUUAUGUAAUUGUUGAUAGGGUGAAGUUUUCUGUGAGGAAUCUUUUAGCAUUUUUGGUAGUAGUCUCCAGUGUCAUUGCUUUUUAAAGGUCAGAGGUAAAGCUGUAACUAUAAGCUUUCUGACCCAGUUUCUUGAAAGAGAAAAAAGAGAGGCUGUUGAGAAAAUGACUGAGAGAAUGAUUAUAACAAUUUAUAAUUGUUAUAAUCUAAGUGCUAAGACAUGCACAACAGUCCACAACAUUAAAUGUAUAAAAUUAUGACAUGUUCUGUAAUAGAUAAAAAUUGUUAGCUCAGCAAAUUACUGUUGUACAAGAGGAAUAAAUAACUUUGGGACAUGCUGUUUUAGGAAAAUAAUCAACAAGGGUAUGGUGUAAUGCUGUCACUGAGCUAAUAUUGAGUGGGUUAUCAUGUUUUGUUUGUUUCUGCCACAAAAUAUAGACAAUUUAAUAGAGUAUCUGUACUGAGAUUUUACAUUAGUAGACUUUUACCUGUUUUGUUCUGUUUUGUUUCUCUUCUCCAUAUGGUUCCAUAGGAAUUUUUGCUGAUCCACCUUUGCUUCUCCAGUACAAACACAGCUCCUCACAGAGCAAACAGAAACUAAUGUUUGCAUAUUUAUAAAGUAUAGAGUAUAAAGUCUCUCUAUAUCUUCUCUUAUUUAGAGAAGAGGUAUGGCUGUGAAGUACCCUUUGUCUGAUUCAUGCACAUUGGUAAUAGUUUACUUAAGUUACUCAGUACAGUUUAAUAAUUGAUUUGCACUUCUAUUUUAACAUGCUUGCCUAUAAAGUAAUAGUGAAGUCGAAAGAGCUAAUCAUACGUGGUAGCCUGGGAAAACCCUUCACAUGGUCAAAUAUUCUACUAUAUAUAGUUCUGAAACCUACAAGCUUUCCUGAACUGAAAUGUUUCUCUUGUGCAUCUCUUGUGGGCUUCUUACUUUCGCUGAAGGGAAAGUGUAAUGCUACUGAAUACAGACAUCCUAUACAAUUGUGUGUUUCUGACUUAGUGGCAACAUUCUGGGGAAAGCCCACAUAUGGAGGUCAUGGUCAGGUGUCCACAAACCUUUGGCCAUACAGUGUAGCUUGCACUGAUGAUCAUCAUUAGUCUCCGUCUCAUCAUCUGAGCUAAAAGUCUUUUAUUAUUUCAGAUUUUGUCUGCUGAGUGUGUAAGCACUCUUCUCUGUUUUGAUGUAACAGCACAGGAACAUCACAGACAUUUCGAUGGAUAGUAUCUGAUUACAAACUGAACUGAUUAGGCUUAUGUCCAUUUUACUAUGGAAUGCGUAUCCAAAGACUUGAUCAAAUCACGACAUUCAUUGUAUGAGAAAAGCAUGCUCAGCUAGCAAAGUUUUAGACAGCUUUAGGCAGACUGAUUGUUUUUACCACUGCAGUUGUUAAACAUUGGUAAAAUGUUUCUUAAAGUAGAGAUGUCAGAGUAUAUUACUGGCACACACUCAAUUUUGUUCGAAAUGAUGUUUUCAUAAUUUGGCUGUUUUCCAAGAUUUAGCUGCAGCAACAUUUAACAGGUUUUCCCAAACCACCACACAAUUGUACUGAGAUGUUUUUCUCAGAUGAUAAUUUUAAUUUGAAGGAUUAUGUGGCAUUUACUGUCUUCAUCUUUUAACUAUUUCUACACAACUGUAGACACUACUUUUUUUCAGUUUUACCUGAACAAAACUCUACUAUGCUAAGUUGAUUAUGAAAAAUGACACACAGAAAUACAAAUUCAAAUGGAAAAUGUUUGUUGCUUACUUCCAAUGGUUUGAAAACACUUAUUAUUUCUUCUUUCUUGUCAUAUAUUUGCAAAUGGAUAUAAAAUAAGCACAGCAAAACCAAA